AUGGCAGCGCCGGUAGAUCCAGCGACGAGAAGGAAGGUGUUGAAAGUGGUAUCUCGUAUGAUAUACUUUCCACAUGAAACGGCUAGACAUGAGGAUAGCAAACUAACGCGCUACUUGGGCAGAUUCACAUUCAUAUUACCUCUAUUUCCAAAGUUGCUGGAAUUCUAUAGAAAUCUUGAGGCGCCAACUGCCUUUUCCUCCUCAUCCAAGUCUCCUACACUUCUCGCACACAUCCUCACAUAUCUCAAUACAUACAAAGCAUCAUUCGCGAAACCAAUCGACUCUCGAUAUGAUAUUGUGUUGCUAGGUGGAGCCCUUGGGAGUUUAUUCUCCCUUCUCCAAGCUCUCGCGUCCCCCAUAAUCGGUACUCUCUCAGAUAAAUAUGGUCGUCGCACAGCGCUCCUCGCCAGCAUGACUGGCAACAUCCUCAGUGUCCUCCUCUGGGUAUGCGCCACCGAUUUCCGUACCUUUCUCCUCUCGCGCGUCGUAGGUGGACUUUCAGAAGGCAAUGUUCAACUCGCAAUUGCAAUUGCCACAGACAUAUCAGAUGAGAAGCAACGUGGUGCUACCAUGGCAUUGGUGGGAAUAUGUUUUAGCAUAAGCUUUACUUUUGGACCUGCAUUAGGUGCUUGGCUCAGUACAAUUAGUACUGUACAGGCAAAUCCUUUUGCUACUGCGGCUGGAUUCUCUCUGUUUUUGAUUGUGACAGAAACCAUUUAUUUGUAUAUGUGUUUGCCAGAGACAUUACCUAGUAAGGUUGCGCAAGCUAAGUUGAAUGGGGAGCCGGCUGCUACAAAUGGGGUUACCAAGGCAGCUGGUUCUUCGACUGAGAAGACGCAAGCUAAAAUGGUAUCCUCGAGUACUGAUGGGGUAAAGAAGCAGGGAAGAACGAACUCCCACUUCCUACUCAACCUUACUCAUCUUUCAUUCAUUCUGUUCUUCUCCGGCAUGGAAUUCUCCCUCCCUUUUAUGACAUAUGAUCUUUUUGGCUAUACGUCCGCACUCAAUGGUCGUCUUUUAGGGUAUAUGGGGCUUGUAGCAUCUCUUCUUCAAGGAGGAGUAACUCGACGUCUUCCGCCUCUUCUCUCCGUUCGUAUAGGCGUAGUCUCGUGUCUGGGUGCGCUAUUCCUCCUCGCCCGCAUCAAUACCGUUACAGGUCUCUAUCUAGCCACUACUCUCUUGGCUGUCACAACUGCAACAGUUGUCACGGGUCUCAAUGCACUUAGUUCAUUCGAAGCAGGCGAGGAUGAAAGGGGUGGAAAAUUGGGAAACCUAAGAAGUUGGGGACAACUUGGAAGGGGUUUAGGACCAUUGUUAUUCACGAGUGUUUAUUGGUGGGCAGGAAGAGAAGUGGCAUAUAGUAUUGGGGGUGUAGGGCUUAUGGGGGUGGCACUAUUGGUUACUUUUGGGUUGGAGACUCCGGGAGGAGAGAAAGGGAAGAAGAUUGGGGAUGUUAAAGGGGAAGUGGGGGAGUUGUAG